AUGAAUGCGGAAACGCUCGAAUUUUUCAAAGAAAUCAGCGAUUCAAGAGCCAAAAGAGCGAAGAAACGUCCUCGAGCUGAAGAAGUAGUGCCAGAUGUUUUGGUGCACAAUGUGGCGCGAUAUUUGGGAGUUGAAGAUCUUGGAAGAAUGAUGCAAGUGUCGCAGCAGUUUAAUAGAGUGAUCAGGAACAGUUCCGACUUGUGGAAUCGGCAUUACGAAGAGAUGUCGAUAGAGGCAAUUUUGCCGAUUGGAAAAACGAGAGUGAGAGGGUACGAACGAUUGAGACUGGCCCACGCUUGGGCGAAGAAAGGAUUCUUGCGGCAGCGGAACAAGUUCAGAUUAGUCAUCGAUAAAAAAGCAAAGGAUCAGAACUCAGAAUCUCACAAUUCAAAUUCCAGCGCGAUCAGUUUAAUCAACACCAAGCAUCUGCUAAUCAUGGUGAUGAACAACAAACUCUACGAGUACCCAAAAGCGCAUCUCCGCGAGCACACAAGCUUCCAGCCAAAACUCAUCGCGCAAAUCGGCAAAGGAUUCAGCAAGAAGUUCACCUCGCUCGACUAUUGCAGCAAGUCGAAAGUGUUGCUGAGUGGAUUUGACAACGGAGAAGUUGGCGUGGCAAGACUCUCUGGAAAAGCAAAGGACGGGCGGGGUUUUAUGCAGAAAAUCAUUGGAGAGGAGAUUAAUUCUGUCUCCUGUGUGGAGCGGAAUUUCUGCGUGACUUCGACAGACAAGUUGGAGAUUUUGAGAUUGAAUGAAAAAGGCGACUGGCUAGACAGAUUACUUUCUUUGGAUAAUCAAAUGAGAAUCAAAAAGGGAAAGUUUUCUCCCGACGGAAAGAAACUGGCAGUAACGCUUGCUGAAGGCUAUCUGGCAUUUUAUGACGUCGAGUCUGCAAACUCCAGCAAAGUCGACUUGCUCAAGCAAGUAAGAAUGCUGACCAAUGCUCAUUCCUUUGGCGAAGUGGAAUUCUUCUCUGACCAUGAGAUUCUCACUACUCGUCAUAACACUGUCCGCCUUUACGAUACGCGUUCAAAAGAGCUAGCGCAAAAAUACGAAACACAGAAUCCAUAUGAAUCCAGAACCGCGGCGGGAAAAGUUUUUGAGCUCACCUCCAUGUCUUCCACGAACUUUGGUCUAAUGGCCGGCUCUACUACUGGUGACGUGUUUUUAUGGGACCUCCGUAAUCCUCGAUCGCACAUUCGAAAGUGGAAUAUUGCAAAUGAGCUUUCAAACGAACGAAGACGGCUUCACACGCAAUUCAGCAACUUGGUCAUCACCAGCAUUGAAAUGGACGUCUUCGGCGCCUAUUUUAUCAGUCCUUAUAGCCUCAACUGGAUCGAUAUCUAA